UCUGUGCCUAGAUACAUCUUCAUCCCCAAACAAGACCUCCCCAGACGUUCAGGACUACGAAGUCCGAACACCCAUUUCACCCGUACUGCAGUCUUUGCGGAAAUUGCAACAAGACCUACAGAUCAACAACUGUUGCCCUUGCCACGAUGUUGGUGAUUCGAUCACUUCAAUCUGGCUGACCGACCACUACGAAAUUUUCCACCUGCAUCACUCAUCUUAUUUGUUGGAUAGAAUGGCCGAUGACAGCGAAUAUACUGAAUCUGAAGCGCCAGUUGUGCCCGAUGCUUCUGAUAAUGAAGCGGUGCCGACGGUCAACCGACGACGAGCAUCUCUAUACGACGUAGUGGCUGGUCGUGUGGGUCGUAAUGGCUUUUUCACCCAGGAAGAGCAACAGCUCUCCAACAUGGCCCCCAUUGGGCCGGAGGAACAUCUACUACGCCACGGCAGAGUUUCAGUGAAGACGCUUCUGACCGUUCGCGACCCAGGGGGAGAGCUCGCAGCAGCCCGCCGACUGCCCGACUCGGACAUGCUCAAAGCCAUUCACAGCUACGCCUCGGACUUUUACAACGCAGCUACAUCGAACAAGGGCGCGUACGACUUUCGAUCCUUGGACGAGACUGCACUCCUUGCAACUGCCAUACUACUGGAGGAAGCCGUCAAGGAAGCGCUGGGUGAAAAUGGAGACAUGGUGUUUGUGGAACCACAGGGCCUGGAGGAGGGAUUGGAAGAGACCAAGAUGACUCGACACCAGAUCAAGGGGAGAGUGAAGCCACGGACGAAGACUGACGAGUCGUCAGAUGACGGAGAUGGGGACCAAGAGUCACGGGCAAAGCGACCAAGACGUUGAUAGCUACGAGCAGUAAUACUUGUUCGAAGGAUCUGCGCCAACCCACCCUGUUGCAAGCACUGUACAAAAUCUUUCUGCGGUAGGGAGUACGGAUAUGCCGAUUAUCACUAGUCCGAGUCGUGUGCCCUUUGCGGCCAUCAGUUUUUCCUCCCUGGCUGGUCUAGGGCGAUGGAGUGGGCGUCUGUCUGUCCAUCCUUGGGUCCAUGCAUGCACACAUUCCAUCACUUUUUACUGUAGCACUCGGGACCGGUCGGAUCCUCUUCCUUGUACGCUGGAGAAAGCUUGAUGAGAUGAAGCUUUGCGAUGUCGUGCUUGUCACACGUGUAGGGCAUCCGGAAGUCUGGCGAAGUCUGCCAAUAAUUGUGCUACCUUUGAAAAGAGACACCAGAAAGGUUGAUCCCGAACUCUUUGCACCUUGGGGUUCUCUGUGUAACGUAAAUGGCGUUAUGCGACGAGUCAGACUGGUCGACUGUCGAAGGAUCAAUGUGGCUUGGGGAGCGAACCACUCUUUUUGCUUUUUGUUCUGUGCGGAGGAAAAGAAAACAGGACAGAAGCAAGGAGUCGA